AUGGCUCCUCUUCCUGGUUAUACAUCAUCAUUCACCACCAUGUGCUCCGUGCCCAUUCCUCAGAAAAUCAUCAAUUGGGAUAUCCUGAAUGAAAUAGUCUCUAUGGAUGAGGAUGACCCGGGUUUCUCUCAGAGACUAUGUUUGCAAUAUAUAGAUCAAGCGGAGACUACCUUCGAGCAGAUUCAAAGUGAGCUUGAUUCUGAGAAUUCUAGUCUGGCCAAUUUGUCAAGCCUGAGCCACUUUUUGAAGGGAUCUUCUGCUUCUUUGGGCCUGCAGAGAAUAGCAUGGGCAUGUGAACGUAUACAGAACUACGGGAAAAAAGGUGAAGGAGCUUCCUCAAUUGCUCCAGAUUCUUACUAUAUAGAUUUGAUUUCUGAGGCACUAAACUUGGCCAGAGAGGAAUUCAACGCUGCUAGAAAGGAAUUGAGUAAGUAUUAUAAAACAGAAUUAUGA